GUUUUCGAGGGCAUAUAAAUCUGUGGGUCAGAAGCGAGUCAUCUGCUUUAUCUUCGUAUAAAAUUAUAAAACACUUCUGGAGUGGCUGCCAACCACAGAUUAUGUUUUAUAAGCAAUUCAGUAUUUUCUACCAUCCUAUGGGAAAAAGAAGACAAAUCGUAUCGGACAUAAUACGUACAUAACUACUGUAGCAAACGUGACAUUCGUUGGAGCGCAGACAGCGUGGACAGUGUGUAUUAAUUCGUCAACGAAGCAAUAGGAGGAAAUGAGUGUGAAUAAAGACUUGCAAUAUGAAAGAAGAAGAUGCACUUUCAAUCCUACCGAGUUGACUCAUUUCUGGGAUGGCAGUCAGCUGAAAACGGAACAACGUCAUGAACGGGAACAAUUUUUCUUAAACGAUCCAGAGCUAGUUGAUAAAGUACCAAUAAAAUAUAAGAGCCAUAAAGAAGUAUACGAAGAUGCAAUACGAAAAUCCUGUAGAGUAUUGCAGAAAAUACGAGAGUUACAGGAGAUGGGAAAAGGUGGCAUCGAUAUGUUUUCACAUGUUCUGGGUGCCAUGAUUGGAUCUGGAAUAAUAAGGGAAGGAAAUCCGCUAGUGUUACAUUAUGUCAUGUUCAUUCCUGCUAUUAUGGGGCAGGGAACCAUAAAGCAGCAAGUACAUUGGCUAUCCAAAUCUUGGGGUGGCAGCAUUAUUGGGACAUAUGCUCAAACUGAAUUGGGUCACGGAACGUUUAUCCGUGGUUUAGAAACUACAGCCACAUACGACCCACAGACACAAGAAUUUAUCUUGAACAGUCCUACUUUAACAUCGUACAAAUGGUGGCCAGGUGGAUUGGGUCACACCGCAAAUCAUGCCAUCGUCGUAGCACAAUUAUACAUCAAAGGAGACUGCAAAGGCGUACACGCUUUCGUUGUUCAGUUGAGAGACGAAAAUACACACGAACCUUUACCAGGUAUUAAAAUUGGAGAAAUUGGAACGAAAUUAGGGAUGAAUGCAACUAACAACGGUUUCCUCGGAUUCGACAACGUUAGGAUACCGCGGGAACAUAUGCUAAUGAAAAAUUGCCAGGUACUGGAAGAUGGAACAUAUGUCAAAUCACUGAACGAUAAAUUAACCUACGGUACAAUGGUAUUUGUUCGAGUAGUGUUAGUGCAUGAUAUCGUACACUAUUUAUUAAAAGCUGUUGUAAUUGCGACUAGAUACAGCGCGGUGAGACGUCAAGGACAAAUCAAUGCAGAUAAGCCUGAAGUACAGAUCAUCGAUUAUGUAACGCAACAAUACAAAAUUUUCCCACAUCUUGCUGCAUGUUUUGCAUAUCGAAUGUCCGCAGAUGCAAUUUGGAAUAUGUACAAUGUCGUUACCGGCGAAUUGGAUAAGGGUGACAUGAACAAAUUACCUGAGUUGCAUGCUUUAGCAUGUUGUAUAAAAGCAGUUGCAUCCGCAGAUGCAGCUAACGGAGUAGAACAACUACGGUUGGCUUGUGGUGGACACGGAUACAUGGAUGCUAGUAACCUGCCGAAUCUUUACGGUUUGGUAACUGCUAUUUGUACAUACGAAGGAGAGAAUACUGUCUUGCUAUUGCAGACGGCUAGAUAUUUGGUGAAAGUUUGGAAACAAGCUUGUAGCGGUCAGUCACUACCGGAAUCUAUGCAGUACCUUACAGCUUAUACAAAAGGAAUUAAGCAAGCCCCAUGGAAGAAUACUCUGCAAUGCAUUGUAACAGCCUAUCAAGCUGUAGUUGCAGGGAAAAUUCGUUCGGCAGCAGAAAAUAUACAUUUGAGAAUCAGUAAAGGAGUACAUUUAGAAGAUGCUUGGAAUCAAACCGGUAUUGAAUUAGCGCAAUGUGCGGAUGCUUACUGUCGAGCAUUCGUUGUGGAGAAGUUUAUAGAAGGGGUACAGAAAACUGUCGUAUCAAAAAAGUUGCAUCUGGUAUUGUCUCAACUGUGUGAGCUAUAUGCCGUGUAUUGGAUUUUACAAAAACGGGGUGACUUCCUUCAGUUUUCUUCUCUGAAAAAUGAAAACAUCCCACAACUUCAGUCGCGCCUCGAAGAACUGUUAGCGGCAAUUCGUCCGAAUGCCAUAGGCAUCGUUGAUGGGUUCGAUGUUCGCGAUGAACUUCUUAAUUCGGCGCUGGGAGCUUACGAUGGUGAUGUAUACACACGUUUAUUCGCAGAAGCUAUGAAGAGUCCUUUGAAUCAACAAAGUGUGAACGAAUCAUUUGAAAAAUAUUUAAAACCAUUCCUUAAAAGCAACUUGUAGUGCAAUGGUCUUAAAGAACGUACAAGUACAUGAUACAAGUCUUACUUGUAUGUGAUAAUUCGGUCGUUUAAAAAGUCUUAUAUUUUAUCGUUAUCGAUUGAUAUCUGUUAUCGUGAUUAGAAUGCCAAUAACUCUUCCCGAAAAUCUUGUUUAUGUAGGUAUAAAUGAUAUUAUCUUUAAGGAGGUAAAAAAUGGUGACUCGUAUUUAUUGAUAUUAAUAAAAUGAAUUUCUUCGUUAUAGACGAAGCUCUGUUUUUUAAAUGACAGAAAGUUUUUUAUUAAAUAUUGUAGGAUUUAUGAGAUAUACUAAUUGUAGCAAAUUGAGGGUGCAAUCAAUAGUAAACUGAAAAUAGUUUACAAUAUUUUUUUACAACCUUUAUAGAAUAUCAUUGUAAAUAUUUAAAACAAUGAAGUAUUUAUUGUAACAGGUGCUGAAUGAUAGGGGUUUGUUUUUAAAAAAGAUUUUUAAGAAUGUUUGAUCAUUCCAUACGAAGAAUUAUUAUAAGUAUGUUAUAAAGAAAUACAUAUAUAUAUUUUUCUAUGUACUUUUGUAACGAAUAAAGUGAUUACAGAAACACAUAA